AUGUCCUUAAAAUUGAACCGGCCCCACAUCCUCACGCCAGCAAAGUACACAACAAUCCCUUACGACAGAAUCGCCCACAUACCCUCACAAGAGAACCGCCCACAUACCCUCACAAGAGAACCGCCCACAUACCCUCACAAGAGAACCGCCCACAUACCCUCANCCUCCCAAGAGAACCGCCCACAUACCUCACAAGAGAACCGAUCCAAAUACCCUCACAAGAGAACCGCCCACAUACCCUCCAAGGAGAACGCCCACACUACCCUCACAAGAGAAACCGCCCCAAUACCCUUCACAAGAGAACCGCCCCACAUACCCUCACACCCCACAUACCCUCACGAGAACCGCCCACAUAAUAAAUAUCACAGAGAACCGCCACAUACCCUCCAAGAGAACCGCCCACAUACCCCUCCAAAGAGAAACGCCACAUACCCUCUCAAAGAGAAACCAGAACCGCCCACAUACCCCUCCAAGAGAACGCCCAAUACCCUCACAAGAGAACCGCCACAUACCUCACAAGGAGAACCGCCCCAAGACCCUCACAAGAAGAGAAACCGCCACAAUACCCUCUCAAGAGAACCGCCCACAUACCCUCACAAGAGAACCGCCCACAUACCCUCCAAAGAGAACCGCCCACAUACCCUCACAAGAGAACCGCCCACAUACCCUCACAGAGAACCGCCCACAUACCCUCACAACCGCCCCACAUACCUCACAAGAGAACCCGCCCACAUACCCUCCAAGAGAACCGCCCACAUACUCAUACCUCCAAGAGAACCGCCACAUACCCUCACAACAGAGAACCGCACAUACCCUCCGAAGAGAUCCGCCCACAUUACCCUCACAAGAGAACCGCCCCACAUACCCUUGACCGCCCACAUACCCUCACAAGAGAACCGCCCACAUACCCUUCCAAGACAGCCGCCCACAUACCCUCAAAGGAACGCCCACAUACCUCCCCAAGAGGAACCGCCCACAUACCCUCCCAAGAGAACCCCACAUACUUCCCAAGGAGACACCGCCACAUACCCUCACAAGAAGGCAUCCGCCCACAUACCCUCAAACAAGAAACCGCCAAUACCCUCCCAAGAGAACCGCCCACAUACCCUCCCAAGAGAACCGCCCACAUACUCUCCCAAGAGAACCGCCCACAUACCCUCACAAGAGAUCCGCCCACCUCCCUCCCAGAGAAACCGCCCACAUUACCUCACAAGAGAACCCACACUACCCUCACAAGAGAACCGCCCACAUACCCCACAAGAGAACCGCCCACAUCCCUCACAAAGAACGCCCACAUACUAUCACAAGAGAACCGCCCACAUACCCUACAUACCUCAAAGAGAACCGCCCACAUACCCUCCCAAGAGAACGCCCACAUACCCACAAGAGAACCGCCCACAUACCCUCCCAAGAGAAACCGCCCACAUACCUACGCCCACAUACCUCACAAGAGAACCGCCCACAUACCUCCUCAUACCCUCACAGAACCGCCCACAUACCCUCCAAGACAGCCGCCCACAUACCCUCCCAAGAGAACCGCCCACAUACCCUCACAAGAGAACCGCCCACAUACCCUCCCAAGACCGCCCACAUACCCUCACAAGAGAACGCCCACAUACCCUCCAAGAGAACCGCCCACAUACCCUCACAAGAACCGCCCACAUACCUCCCAAGAGACCGCCCACAUACCCUCACAAGAGAACCGCCCACAUACCCCCCAAGAACCGCCCACAUACCCUCACAAGAGAACCGCCCACAUACCCUCACAAGAGAACCGAGAAGCCGCCCACAUACCCUCCCAAGAGAACCGCCCACAUACCCUCCCAAGAGAACGCCACAUACCCUCACAAGAGAACCGCCCACAUACCCUCCCAAGAGAACCGCCCACAUACCCUCCCAAGAGAACCGCCCACAUACCCUCCCAAGAGAACCGCCCACAUACCCUCACAAGAGAACCGCCCACAUACCCUCCCAAGAGAACCGCCCACAUACCCUCACAAGAGAGCCCACAUACCCCCAAGAGAACCGCCCACAUACCUCCAAGACACACAGGAGAACCGCCCACAUACCCUCACAAGAGAACCGCCCACAUACCCUCCCAAGAGAACCGAACCGCGCCACUUCGCCACGAACACCGCACUGACGUCAGAAUGCAUUCCGUGUCAUCGAUAA